AUGACGGAGACUGCAACAACCACCGCCGUCCCUCCAGCGACACAGACCGUCACUGAUGGCUACUUCCGCUGGACCGAUGUCGUCUGGCACUGGGCAAAGGACCUCGACCCGUACCAUCGCAAUGCCCUCACAGCGCUCACGCAUACCCGCGCUCUGGGGUCGCCUGACCACCCGCUCGUCGAGGCUGGCAAGGAAGGCGUCGAGCUCUACACCUGCACUCUGAGUGAUGGCAUAGAGUACCUCUGCUUCAGUCUCAAGCAGGUGCAGUACAUUGUUCACUUUAUCCACAAGAACCGCAUGGCCGACCCGGCAUACCUCGACUACAAGCAUGCUCUCGCCACGGCCAAGGGCGACCAAAAGCCCGACGAGCCGCCCCUCAACCCCGAGAUCAAGCCUGUCCCCCUCCCAAACACGUUCCUCCCUGCGAGCCUCUUCGUUGACGUCAAGACCACUGUCGCGACUAGUGGCCUCAAGAAGCUCCACGUCGCUGUCACGAGACGCAACAAGGCUCUGAAGAAACGCGGUGGGCUGGCGGCUCAGUCUGCGUCGGCGACUGAGACGGAGACGGAGACGGACACCCUUGGAACUGCGACCCCUGCCGCCGAUCGUCUCAUUGACUCGAAAAAGCAGCCCGAGGUCGAGGAUCCCCCGGUCGAGAUUGUUGUUUCCCCUCCGCCUGCCGCCGCCACAGUCGAAGAGACUUUACAGGCAUGCGCUGCCGAGUCUCUUGAGGCUGACGUCCAGACCCCGAGCCCUGACGCAUACUACAAUCUUGUUCAGCAGGCUGUCAUAUUGGCCGGCACUGGUGGCGUCAUGGCCGCCUGGAGUACCAUGCUCAACAAGGAAAACGAGCUGGACGGCGUCGAGACGGAGACUCUCGAAUCUGGCGCUGCCACACCCGAAUCGGAGGGUGGCCACAAACUCGAUUUCUCCAUCGGCCGUACCCUCUUCAUCGCCCUGGACGUGCGCACGAGUACCGACAACGAGGUUGUCGAUGUUGGCUACAGUGCUCUGUGGUAUGCCGAGAACCCCGAGUCGGGCGAGUACGAAAACGCCGCCGAGACUGGUCACUGGAUUGCCCAGGAAGAAUACACUGCUGAGUCGUUAACCGACACGUCCCCAUACGCUUUUGGGCAAACUCUUCCUUUCCCUCGUAGGGAUCUGGCUGCCAAGCUCAAGCGCAAGCUCUUCGAGUUGUGGAGGAAGGCCGGAGGCGGAGCUACUUAUGUCAUCCUUCACUCUCCAGACUCCGACAUGGACGCCCUCGCGGCUCUCAGUCUCGACGUUGCCGAAUGGGGGCUCGACCUCCACCCUCCCGAGUGGGACUAUGCGGCUCACGCCAACUCGUUGGCCAAGGGCAAGCGCUUUGUCGUCAACACGGCGCAGCUCUGGGCUGCUGUCGAGGUUGGGCAGGAGGACGACCAGAGCAAGGACGGCGUCACGACGCGUACCGUCAAGAACGUGCUUGAGAUUCUCUUUGGCGAGCCUAUCCGCAUUGACGACAAGGACAAUGCGGGCAACAAGGCCACUUUCCUCAUGACCGUGUUCUCGAGACUUGUCGUCGAAUCGUCCCUCGACAGCCUCCGUACCAUGUUCCAGUUCGCCGUACUCAAGCAGAUCGCCGCGGCGGCCGGCAUCACCAAGGAAGACGACCCGAACGACACUUCCGUUUCUGCCACCCCAGCCGAGGAGCCUAACGAGUCAGAGGGUGACCCGGACGACUACUACGAUCCCGACUUUGAGGGCGGCACCUUCUACGUUCCGGACAGCGACGACGACGAGGACAACGACUGA